AUGGCGACGCCCACGGCGCCACUCGGCGGCGCGUCUCCGUCGGGCCGCGUUCUGGGCCCGGCGCUGGACCGGAUCAUCAAAAACGCCGCGUGGCGGAAGCACUCGGCGCUCGUGGCCGCGGCAAAGGCGGCACUCGACCUCCUCUCCUCAUCGCCGGCAUACCCUUCGCCGGACCCUACCUCGCCGCAAUCCUCGCCGUUGCUCGGCCUGCCCUCCGCCGCCGCCGACGCGUCCCUCCACGCGCUGCUGCUCGCUCUCGAGUCCGCUUCGCCCAAGGUCGCCGACCCCGCUCUCGAUUGCGUCACCAAGCUCCUUUACCACCGCCUCCUCCUCUGCGACCUCGGCUGCGCCGGCGCCGGCGACGAUCCCUCUUCCCCCACCUCCAGGCUCCUCAACGCCGUCCUCACCUGUGGCGCUCUCUCUGAUGAUGCAAUGGAGCUUGCCACCCUCCGUGUCAUCGUCGCCGCCGCGCGGUGCCCCACCGUCGCCAUCCGCGGGGAGGGCCUUGGCCAGGUGCUCAAGACCUGCUACAACAUAUACCUCAGCAGCAGCAGUGGCGCCAAUCAGCUCUGCGCCAAGCUUGCGCUGGCGCAGGUGCUGGUGAUUGUGUUUGCACGCGUGGAGGUGGAUUCGAUGGACGUGCGCGUUCGGACGGUGUCGAUCACGGACAUGUUGGACGUGUCUGACCGCAACCUGAACGAUUCCAGCAUCGUGCAGGUGGCUCAGGGGUUUAUAAACGAGGCUAUGGAGGGGAGUGAUGCCCCAGAGCCAGGGUCACAUUUGGAGCCAACUGAGGUGGAUGGAAAGGAGGAUGUUGGGAUGAGCAAGACCAGAGAGGAUGGGCUUGCGCUCUUCAAGAACCUGUGCAAGCUAUCAAUGAAGUUCUCGACGCCAGAUAACCCUGAGGAUCAGAUGUUGCUGCGGGGCAAGGUGUUGUCUCUUGAGUUGCUGAAAAUGGUUAUCGACAAUGCCGGCCCUUUCUGGAGAACAAAUGAAAAGUAUGACCCCAUACCUGUAGUUGUUUCCAGCUUUGUAGAUUUCAAUUAUUUAAGCUUACUGUCAAGGUUUAGAUCUGGGCUGAAAGAGGAAAUUGGAAUAUUCUUUCCAAUGCUUGUCCUAAGGGUUCUUGAGAAUGUCCAUCAACCUAGCUUUCUACAAAAAAUGACAGUUCUAAACUUGUUGGAGAAGAUCUGUAAAGAAUCUCAGGUUCUUAUUGAUAUCUUUGUGAACUAUGAUUGCGAUGUAGAUGCGCCAAAUAUUUUUGAAAGGGUUGUCAAUGGACUUCUAAAAACUGCUUUAGGUGUUCCUCCAGGAUCUACAACAACAUUAACUACAGCCCAAGACCAAACAUUUCGUAUUGAGUCAGUGAAGUGCCUUGCAACCAUAAUCAAGUCAAUGGGUUCAUGGAUGGACCAACAGCUGAGAAUUGGUGAUUUUUCACCAAAAAUUUCUGAAGCUUGUUUAAGCUCUUUAAGUUCUUUAAGUUCAAUAGACAUCCCUAACAUCCUUAUUGGAGAAGAUGGUAGUGGAGCUGAUUAUGAACUGCAAUCUGACUCUGGUAGCCCAGAUGUAUCUGGUGCGCCCUCCCUUGAGCAACGUCGUGCUUUUAAAAUAGAACUUCAGAAAGGAAUAUCCUUGUUUAACCGAAAACCUUCCAAGGGAAUUAAUUUUCUCGUUAAAAGCAAGAAGAUAGGGCAUACGCCAGAAGAUGUUGCUUGUUUCUUGAGAAAUACUGCUGGUUUAAAUGCAACAAUGAUCGGAGACUAUUUGGGUGAAAGAGAUGAAUUCCCUAUCAAAGUUAUGCAUGCAUAUGUGGAUGCACUGAACUUCGAAGGUAUGGACUUCGGUGAAGCUAUUAGGUAUUAUUUGCGAGGCUUCAGGCUGCCUGGCGAAGCACAGAAAAUUGAUCGGAUCAUGGAAAAGUUUGCUGAACGAUACUGCAAAUGCAAUCCAAACUCCUUUACCAGUGCAGAUACUGCAUAUGUUCUUGCUUAUUCUGUAAUCAUGCUCAACACUGAUGCUCACAAUACUAUGGUCAAGGAUAAGAUGUCUAAAUCUGACUUCAUUCGCAAUAACCGAGGAAUAGAUGAUGGGAAGGACUUGCCAGAAGCUUAUCUGGGUACACUAUAUGACCAAAUUGUCAAAAAUGAGAUCAAAAUGAGUGCUGAUUCAUCAGUUCCACAAAACAAGCAACCUAGUAGUGUGAUGAAGCUAUUAGGUUUGGACAAUAUUAUCAGCUUUGUUAACUGGAAACAGGCUGAUGACAGGGUAGUUGGAGCAAAUGACCUGCUCAUAAAAAACAUACAAGAGAAAUUUAAACUAAAGAGUGGAAAGUCAGAGUCUGUGUUUUCUAUUAUCACUGAUACAACAAUUUUAAGAUUCAUGAUGGAGGUUUGUUGGGCCCCUAUGAUGGCUGCAUUCAGUGUGACACUUGAUCAGAGUGACGAUAAGGCCGCCACAUCACAGUGUUUGCAGGGAUUCAGGUCUGCUGUGCAUGUUACCUCUGUUAUGUGCAUGCAGACACAGAGAGAUGCCUUUGUGACAUCUGUAGCAAAAUUCACAUAUCUGCAUUGUGCUGCUGACAUGAAACAAAAGAAUGUGGAUGCUGUGAAGGCUAUAAUAUCCAUUGCAAUCGAAGAUGGUGAUUAUUUGCAGGAAGCUUGGGAGCAUGUACUAACAUGCCUUUCACGGUUUGAGCAUUUACAUCUUCUUGGAGAGGGGGCACCUACUGAUGCUUCAUUUCUCACAGUACCACUGGUUAACUCAGAAGAUAAAACACAGAAGUCUACCUCUAUGUCAUCAAAGAGAACUAAUGCACUUCAGAAUCCAGCUGUAAUGGCUGCUGUUAGAGGAGGUUCUUAUGACAGCACAACAGCAAAAAAUAAAGCGUCACCGUUGGUUACUCCUGAACAGAUUAAUAAUUUUAUAUCAAACAUAAACCUGCUAGACCAGAUUGGCAUUUUCGAGUUAAAUCACAUAUUUGCUCAUAGCCCAAGAUUAAAUAGUGAUGCUAUUGUUGCUUUUGUGAAUGCUCUUUGCAAAGUUUCAAUGACAGAGUUGCAGUCUCCCACAGAUCCUCGUAUCUUCUGCCUAACAAAGAUUGUUGAGAUUGCGCAUUACAAUAUGAACCGCAUACGUUUGGUUUGGUCCCGUAUUUGGAAAGUUCUGUCAGAUUUUUUUGUUUCUGUUGGGUUGUUAGAGAAUCUUUCAGUUGCAAUAUUUGUUAUGGACUCUUUGAGGCAGCUAGCUAUGAAGUUUCUGGAAAGAGAAGAACUGGCAAAUUAUAAUUUCCAAAAUGAAUUCCUGCAACCUUUUGCGGUUGUUAUGCAGAAGAGCAAUGCUUCAGAAGUACGUGAACUUAUAGUUCGAUGUGUCUCCCAAAUGGUUCUGAGUCGUGUCAACAAUAUAAAAUCUGGAUGGAAAAGUGUUUUUACGGUUUUUACUGCAGCUGCUGCUGAUGAUCGGAAAAAUAUUGUUCUGUUGGCAUUUGAAACCAUGGAAAAGAUUGUUCGGGACUAUUUCCCUUACAUAACUGAAACUGAAACCACAACGUUUACUGAUUGUGUUAAAUGCCUUAUCACAUUCACAAGUAGUAAAUUUAGCAGCGAUGCGAGUCUUAAUGCCAUUGCAUUUCUUCGGUUUUGUGCCGUCAAACUCGCUGAGGAAGGAUUUAUUAGUCAUGAGAAGGAUACUGACCAGCAACCAAGUAACUUAGAUUCAUCAGAUGGGAACAGCACGGUGCAUAAGGAUGAUCAUGUUUACUUCUGGGUUCCUUUGCUUGCUGGUCUAGCUAGAUUGACAACUGACUCAAGACCAACUAUCAGAAAAGGUUCUGUGGAAGUGCUCUUUGACAUCUUGGAAGAUCAUGGGCACCUCUUUUCUCAGUCCUUCUGGGCUAAUAUCUUUGAAUCGGUUAUUUAUCCCCUAUUUAGCAGUGAAAGCUUUGCACCAAAUGGCCUGAUCUCAAGUAUAAAUAGUACUGAGGAUGAUUCUUGGAAUUUUGAAACUAAAAUGGUGGCUCUAAAAUGUUUAGCAGAUUUGUAUGUUACGUUUUUUGAAGUGAUGCGUCCAGAACUUUCUAGAGUUACGUCUGUUAUUACGAAUUUCAUCAGAAGCCCUUAUAAACAAUCAGCUAGCACGAGUAUAUCAGUUUUUCAGCGUUUAACAGAAGGACUCGCGAGCAAGCUCUCCAAUGAUGAGUGGGGGACGAUCUUGUUGUGUUUCAAAGAAUCAGCAGCACAUACAUUUGUCGUGUUUGACAAAAUAGUUAGGAUGAUGAAAGACAUUGAAAUUCCAGAUAGAAAUGAAUCUUACUCUGAAGCUGAGCAAUAUUCAGAUCAUGACAUAUACAAUGAUGAUGAAGAGGAAGCUAAUAUGGAAACAGCAUCUUAUGCUAUUGUCAGAAUGAAGAAUCAUAUGGCUUUGCAACUCUUAAUUGUUGAGGGCAUCAUUAAAUUGUAUGAGGUGCACAGAAGCUUUCUUUGUGCUGAGCAUAUAGGCAUAAUGUUGGAGAUGCUAUCAGCCAUUGCAUCACAUGCAAGUGAAGUGAACUCUGAAUCUAACUUGCACAUUAAACUACAUAAAGCAUGUUCCAUUUUGGAGGUAUCUGAGCCAGCGGUCAUCCAUUUCGAGAGCGAGUCCUACCAGAGCUACCUCAAACUUCUCCAAGCUCUUCUUCAUGAUAACCCAUCUUUGUCAGAAAAUAUGAAUGUGGAGUCACAAAUUAUGCUCGUCUGCGAGAAAAUAUUGCGAAUGUAUCUGACCUGUGCAGGGCAUGAACCAUCUAAUGAUGUUUCUGGUAGAGAUCCAGCUUUACAUCGGCUGCCUUUGGUUACUGCUAAAAAGGAGGAACUGGAUGCUAGAACUUCAUUGGUCCUUCAUGUGAUGCGGUUAUUGAGCAGUUUAGAGAAGAAUUGCUUUAGGAGAAACUUGCCCCUCUUUUUCCCCUUAUUAGCUAAUCUUAUUGGCUGCGAGCAUAGCUCUGGAGAAGUUCAAGUUGCACUGUAUGAUAUAUUCCAAUCAUCAAUAGGCCCCAUAAUAUCAGCAUAG